GCGCUCGGCCUCCGGUGGCUCCUCGGCUCCCGUUGGUAGAGUCGGUCGGGACUCACGGGGCGGCGGAGCGGCGGCUGCUGCGCGAUGUCGGAGUUGCGAGCUGUGGGACCCGGCUCCGGGACUGCGCCCGGCGGAACGGCCGGCCCCAACGCCUCUGGUCCAGGGGGUAGCUGUGGGCCUGGCCCAACGACCCCUCUGCCCUCGCCCGGACCCGGCGGCGGCAACGCCACCCGAGGAGAAGGAGGGACACUGGGCCCUGGGGGCCCAGCCCCGGGGGGGGUGGCAAGCGCUUCAGGGGGGAGCUCCUCUUCCGCUUCCGUGUCGACUGGCUCCGCUUCCGGGUCAGCGCGGGAAGGCUGGCUUUUCAAAUGGACCAAUUAUAUCAAAGGGUACCAGCGGCGUUGGUUCGUGCUGAGCAACGGGCUCCUGAGCUACUACAGAUCCAAGGCAGAGAUGCGGCACACCUGCCGUGGUACCAUCAACCUGGCCACAGCCAACAUCACUGUAGAGGACUCCUGCAAUUUUAUCAUUUCCAAUGGAGGGGCACAAACCUACCAUUUGAAAGCCAGCUCAGAAGUUGAGAGGCAGCGCUGGGUCACGGCCCUGGAACUGGCCAAGGCCAAAGCAGUGAAGAUGCUAGCAGAAUCAGAUGAGUCAGGUGAUGAAGAAUCAGUUUCUCAGACAGACAAGACUGAACUGCAGAAUACCCUGCGUACUCUCUCCAGUAAGGUGGAGGACCUCAGCACCUGCAAUGACCUGAUUGCCAAGCACGGAACAGCAUUGCAACGCUCUCUCAGUGAGCUGGAGACCCUUAAGCUUCCUGCUGAGAGCAAUGAGAAGAUCAAGCAGGUCAAUGAGCGGGCCACACUCUUCCGUAUCACUUCCAAUGCCAUGAUCAAUGCUUGCCGGGACUUCCUGAUGCUGGCUCAGACACACAGCAAAAAGUGGCAGAAAUCUCUUCAGUAUGAACGUGAUCAGCGCAUCCGUUUGGAAGAGACCUUGGAGCAGCUGGCCAAGCAGCACAACCACCUAGAAAGAGCCUUCCGUGGAGCCACAGUUCUACCAUCCAACGCGUCUGGCAGCAUGGAUUCCAAUAAAGAUCGAUGUUUCCCAUCUAAAGGGGAUCUGAGUGAUGAAGAUGAUGACAAUGAGUUCUUUGAUGCUCCUGAGAACAUCACAAUGCCUGAAAACAUGGGACACAAACGAACUGGCAGCAACAUCAGUGGUGCUAGCAGUGACAUCAGUCUCGACGAGCAGUAUAAACACCAGCUGGAGGACACCAAGAAGGAGAAGAGAACCCGAAUCCCCUACAAACCAAAUUAUAGCCUCAACUUGUGGAGCAUCAUGAAGAACUGCAUUGGCAAGGAACUCUCCAAGAUCCCCAUGCCAGUUAACUUCAAUGAGCCCUUAUCCAUGCUGCAGCGCCUCACAGAGGACCUGGAAUAUCAUGAACUGUUGGACCGGGCAGCCAAGUGUGAGAGCUCCCUGGAGCAACUCUGUUAUGUGGCUGCCUUUACUGUAUCAUCUUACUCAACCACAGUCUUCCGCACCAGCAAGCCAUUCAACCCCCUCUUAGGAGAGACCUUUGAGCUAGACCGGCUGGAGGAGAAUGGCUACCGUUCCCUCUGUGAGCAGGUGAGCCACCACCCUCCAGCUGCUGCCCAUCAUGCUGAAUCCAAGCAUGGCUGGACCCUUCGUCAGGAAAUCAAAAUUACCAGCAAGUUCCGUGGCAAAUACCUCUCUAUCAUGCCGCUUGGUACCAUCCACUGUAUCUUCCAUGCAACUGGCAAUCACUAUACAUGGAAAAAGGUCACCACCACAGUACACAACAUCAUUGUGGGCAAAUUAUGGAUAGAUCAGUCUGGCGAGAUUGAGAUUCUGAAUCACAAGACCAGUGAAAAGUGUAUUCUCAAGUUUGUUCCUUAUAGCUACUUCUCCAGAGAUGUGGCCAGAAAGGUGACUGGAGAGGUACUAGAUUCCUUGGGGAAAGUGCACUUUGUGUUGCUAGGCACUUGGGAUGAGAAGAUGGACUGUUUCAGGGUGACAACAACUAGCAUGGAGAAUGGUAGCGACAGCCGGCAGAGAGUACAUGAAGCAGAAGACAGCAGGGUCAUGCUGUGGAAGAGGAACCCACUCCCGAAGAAUGCUGAGAAUAUGUACUAUUUCUCAGAGCUGGCUUUGACGCUCAAUGCUCAAGAAAAUGGUACUGCUCCCACGGACAGCAGGCUUCGACCUGACCAACGUCUCAUGGAGAAUGGGCGCUGGGAUGAGGCCAAUGCAGAGAAGCAACGCCUUGAGGAGAAGCAGCGCAUCUCUCGCAAAAGACGUGAAGCUGAGGCCAUGAAGGCCACAGAGGAUGGAACUCUUUACGACCCUUAUAAGGCACUGUGGUUUGAGCGGAAGAAAGAUCCAGACACCAAGGAGGUGGCCCACGUAUACAGGGGAGGCUACUGGGAGAGCAAAGAGAAACAGGACUGGAGCAUGUGCCCUGAUAUCUUCUGAGCUGGAAGCAGCUGGACUAUUAAGAAGAAGAGGAAAAAUGGGUAGUGGAAGAAAGAUGGAAGGGAUCAUGUGACUUCCUGCCUAGUGCUUUCCUCACCAAAUCUGUCUGUCUUAACCAAUCACUUGUUUUGAAUCAAUCACCCAAAGCAGAAUCCAGCAGUGGUGAUUGGCUGGGUUGCCUUAGCUGAUUGAAGUUGGUGUCUGGAUCCCUGGAUGGCUAGGGACAUAUCUGAGUAGAGGACUGCAUCCUCAGUUUCCCCAUUGCUGAGCUCCCGACCCUGCACUUUUGGGGAGGAAGAGGGGAAAAACAUGGUGCUGUAUACAGUUUGGCCCCCUUUUCUACUUUCAGAUAGAGACAGUUCAGUAGCAUGUAGUCAAGACCAUGAAUGUAUGAUCCAAGGGGAUUUUGGAGGAAAUGAAAGAACAUCCUGUAGUUCUGCCAUAAAGGUUGUUCUGGUUCAUCCAUCCACCCAUUAGGUAGCCUGUCUUUAGGCAAGGUGUCACAAGUGAGGCUUCUGAAGCAUUGGAUGUCUCUCCAGGAGCUAUCAUCUUUCAGUCCACUCUGGGAGCAAUGCAACUAGUGGUGUCCUAGAAUGGAGAUGGGAUAAGAGGCUAGCUCUUGUCCCAGUGGAACCCUUUUGGGGGGCUCACUCAGACAUUCACACAUGGGCAGGAAACUAACCUUAAUUUUUCUCCCUUCUGGAACCCACACUACACGAAGCCCUGGUAUCUUCCCCAUGCGCACUGUGGUGGGACACUACGAUUAAAGAUUUCCUCAGCGUACACCCCCUGGCAACCUCUAGCUUAAUGCACACCUGUUUAUAUGUAUAUUAUAUAUAUGUAGAGAAAGAGAGAGAUCUAAUUUUUGUUUUGAUUUUUUUCCCUGUUCCUCUUCCAUCCUGCAGACCCCAUUUUGUAAUAUGUGCCCUACUUGGUCUCCCUCUACUGCCCCAAGACCAAGAGACGUUCUGAAGAAAGUGGCAGUGGAGAAUUAUUUGACUUGUCUCUUUUUUUAAAAAAAUACCAUCUGAUGCAGGAGCUGAAGCUUGGUAGCAUCAGUCAUAAGGUUGUGCAGGCAUAAACCAGGUGUCCCUCUACCAUUAAAAAAAUAAGAACAUUGUGGGAACUCCCAGCAGGUCUUGGACAGUUCUGGUCACAUCUGCUGGAGCUGGAUCCUAAGGCUGAAAGGGUGCUGCCACUGUAUAGAGAUGGAUAAGGGCCCAGAGGCUGCCCAAGCCAGGCUCACACUUAGAAGGGAGUGUGGACUGUAAGGCAGCCCCUGGCCUUGGCUAAGGAUCAGCAAUGAGGUGCCUUCCUUCUGUGUUUAUUUUCUUUCUGUUCAUUGACUUUUGAACUUUAGCCACUGAAGAGGUAAGAGGAGACAAUGGUUCUGCCCAGGGCUGCUUCCUGGUGAAAUGGGGACAUCUUACCGACCGGGAGAAAUAAGACCAUGAGCCCUGCCUUCUCAUCAGCAAAGGGCAGUGCUGCUGAUUGGGAAUGAAGGGCCUUUGGAUGGAGUCUCUGCAUUAUUUUCUGCUUGGUCCCUGUUUAAAGCCUGUUCUUUGAAGCUGAAGGAGGCUGAUACUCCCUUGGAUGGGUUAAUGGCAGGCUUUGAGAGAGAGAGAAUCCCUGCAAUUCUAUUUUUGGGGUUUUUUUGCCUUAUUGUCUUUUUUCCAAGAAAACUAAAUUAAAUAAUGAAACCUG